AAGUUAUUUGACACCUUUCAUUUAAUUUUCUCGGGUUUCCUUGUACAUUAGCAUUAAUGAUGACCAUUCUUUCGCAUAAUACAUAUAGGCGUUUCAGCUUCUGCAAAAGGAAUCAGCGCCUCUCCGUUUUCAUACUGCCCUAAUCGUUUGUAGUGAUACGAUAUCACAACAAUUUUGUUGGAGUUAGCUUCUCUUUCUCUUCUCUUCAAGGAUGUAAGUAUGGAUGGGAGGCAGGAUAAUAAAGGAAAGAAGAGAAGGAAGAAGCACAGGGAGAAAUAUUGUGAAGAGGAAGGAAAAAUUGUGAAAUCUUCCCCAUAUUUUAAGAAAGUGCCUGUCCAUGAGGAUAUUGGAAGUAGUAAAUCCAUUGAAGCUUUUUCUGAUUUGUAUAUGAAGCCUAUCAAGAGUGAGUGCAUGGUUAUUGCUGAAACACAUCAGAGGAGUAACAAAAGGAAGAGAAAAAAGAAUUCUGAACGUGUUGAUGAUGAGAAAUCAGGAAAUGAUAACAGAGAAAUGGAUGCCAAACCAAUCCUGAUUGGUCCUCCUGUUACAAAUUUGGAAGUUAUUAAUGAGAAGGAGAAUAAACAAUCUGGUGAUUUGGAUGAGGGAUGUUCUAGUGUUGCUUCAAUUUCAGUUGUUCGUGGUGAUAAUGCAGUGGCCAUUAGUCUUGAUGAUCUCUUUUCAAAGUUUGCAUACAAAGAUGGAAACUUUAGUUCCAGUAAAAGGAGAACUGAAGAUGAGAAGAUAGUCGUCAAGUCACAUGUUUGUGGCCCUCUCUCUCGAACGCUCAUCUCCAUGCAGAAGUCUUCAGAAACUGGUUCUAUGAUUGGAAAUGAGAGUCAUUUAUCACAUUGGGAAGGAGGCUGUGGACCGAAAGCUGGUAAAACUGUGUUCGAGCCUUGCUUAUCUCAGAAUCAGAUCAAUGAGAAGAUGAUUGAACAGAAAGCACGAGUGGUUUCCCCUUACUUUUUGGACUCAAGGAAUGGAGAAACUGAAGGUUGUGGCCUGAAAGCUGGUAAAACUGUGUUCGAGCCUUGCUUAUCUCAGAAUCAGAUCAAUGAGAAGAUGAUUGAACAGAAAGCACGAGCGGUUUGCCCUUACUUUUUGAACUCAAGGAAUGGAGAUACUGAAAUGAAAAAAGGUAGGUCUGUAGAAUGUGUGAAGAAAAGAAAUGAUAAAAAAUUACGAACCAAAGUUCGAGUGGUUUCCCCUUACUUUGCUAACUUAAAAGUGGGAGAAGAAAUAAAGGUAGGUAAGGAUAGUUCAAACGCUUCGAAGAACUGUCUCAAUGGAAGAAAGGUUUCUCCCUACUUUCAGAAUGCAUAUCGUGAAAAGAAGAAGAGUACAAUAGGUUCAAAAAGACAGAAACCUUGUCUCUCUGCUUCCCAGAAAAGAGACGAGGCAUAUUUAAGGAGGAGUGAAGAUAACAUGUGGGUACCUCCUCGAUCCCAUUUUAAUCUCCUCCAAGAAAACCAUGCUCAUGAUCCUUGGAGGGUGUUGGUUAUUUGCAUGCUUUUGAAUUGCACCACCGGUGUGCAGGUUAGGAGAGUGGUAGACGAGUUUUUCACUCUGUGUCCAAAUGCUGUGGCAGCAACAGAGGUUGCUGUAGAGGAUAUAGAAAAGUUGCUGCGACCUUUAGGAUUAUAUACAAAGAGGUCACUGUCUAUUCCACGGCUCUCUCAAGAAUAUCUUGGAAAAAAUUGGACUCAUGUCACACAGCUGCAUGGUAUUGGCAAGUAUGCAGCUGAUGCAUAUGCAAUAUUUUGUACGGGCAAUUGGGAUCAAGUAUAUCCAAAUGAUCACAUGCUAACAAAAUACUGGGAAUUCCUGCAUGCAAAUGGCUCGGCCUCAACCUGAGGGUGCAAUAUAUUUACCUGAAGAUGAUGCAUAGUUAGGGGUAUCUUUUGGGGGUCAGUUGCAUAUUUUUGGUAGAUUAACCUCUUGACCAUUUUUGUGGUGUAUAGUACUUGCCUAAGCAACAGCUUAAUUAAUAUAUCAUCUCUGCAUAUGACAGGUGCUAACUUAGCUUCUCUUAUGUCCAGAGCUAGGAAAUUAAACAUUUUAAGUCCAAACUCUUAAGGAAGGGAUAGGAAUCCGGUCGUUAAAAGUGUAUUUAUAGUGGCACAGGUUUUUUGUGUACCGUACAAUUUCCAAUUUAAUAUCGGUGAAGAGUAAAAUCCAGACGUUGAAAAGCUUAA